AGACUUAUACUCGAAUGGACAAGAUGACGCAGGCGUACCUUCGAACUUUGCGCUUCGGUCUCGGUCAUUCUAAGGAGUGUCCAUCGAGGCAGGCGACUGAUGCGGUCAUUGCGCGCACGGCCGAUGCCGCAUCAUGCGCUCGGACGGCCGGUGCACGGACAGUGACCGCAAGAUCAGACUCUUGUGAGCAAAGAGGCGAGAUGAUCUGGUGACACACAUGCCUAGAUCGCAACGCAUGUCAGACAGACCGAUAGUAUCGCAGAAAGGGCAGCUAGACGAAUCUCUAGAAUUUGACGACCACAAUGGAACAAGAGAUGAGCUACAGUGGGCUGGGCAUCUGUUGGCAAGGCGAGCCCCAGACUGCGCGCGGCGGCGCGUACGACCAAUUGGCCGAGCCAACAACUGCAAGACAAACGUCUGGCGAUACGGUGCGGACACGGCAGAGCUUGACACACAGCGUCGCCGUUGACGAAUACAGCUGGUCCUCGUCAGUGCAUGGACCUGAUUCGACCUGGACAGCUAGAUACCCGCAGAGCAUUCUUGUCAACGACGCCCAAACCCGUUCACACUCUUCACAGGGCGUCUUGACGAGCUCGGCUGAUCUAUAUAGCUCGCGACAAACAGCACAAGAUAGACUCGCUAGAUCGCUGUCACCCCCGCACGGCCACUCAGCAGACCGAUCGCUCUCUGCCCACCUCGGAUUAGACAGACAUCGCCCUUCGCUCGUCCUGAGACAAUUCUCGACUCAGUCCUCAGACUGGUCCGUCAGCUCUGACUUUUGGUCCUCAGACGACGGAGAGCAGACUUUGCUCGAACGUAACGACAGUGAAGCGGACGACUGCGAUUGGACGGACAGUGAGUCGGGUAUCGAGGGCUUCUACCUCGAUCCUCUCGAGCGAUUGGCCAUCAUGCAGGACUGCACGUCGCCCCAGUCCUACUCGAGCAGCCUGAGCUCGGCUACCUCGACAUCUCUCGGGUCGCGUGCACCGCCGUCUCAGCAGAACUGCGCGUCGAGUGGCCGUCAGACAUCGAGUCAACUGACGGCUCAGGUACGAUCUCAGUCUCAAUCCACGACGACUGACGAUGACGCUGGCUUUGUGCAACCCAUGGCCAUCAACGCGAGAUCCUAUUUCCAGGACGACGGCAGUCACCAACUGACCUCACAGCCUACAACGCAGCACCGCGCCAAGAAGCAGACACAUCUGAAAGAUGCUCAGCAUGUGCCCGAAGGGCCGAGUGAUGACGAUAGAACCUCAGGCUCAGCGGCGGGCGGUGCAUACUUGCAGGACGAUCUCUCACAGCUCUCACCUCAGACGAUAGAAAGCGCUUCUCUGCCUACCUCGCCAGAUCAACAGAACGGUGGCUAUCCGGCUCAGAUGCAGCAGUCUCCUCAGUCGAACAUGUCUGCUUUUCCGCCAUACUAUCGCGGAGAGGCUCACGUAUCGUCCAUGCACGGAUUACUACUGCAAGGCCUCAAUCAGCAAUUGUCAUCGCCCAUGUAUCGGCCCUCUCAUAAUGACUCGCAGCAUGUAGGCGAGUACAAUGACCCGCCUCUCAGUCAGGAACGCUUCAUGCCGCCGCCCAUGCCAAUGAGACCGAUGCCUCCAUCGUAUGCCUCUUUCCCGCCAGGCAUGCCGAUGGACUACCGCAACAGUAUGGACAUGACGCCCAUGAUGCCCUACAAUGGCCAGUUCAGAGCAAUGUCGUCAGCUUACACGCCUAUGCCAUCGGCCAUGCACUCUCGCGCGCCGUCAUAUGGCUCAGGCAUGCCCUUCCCGCCUCCUUCUCAAUCCAUGCCACCGCCUGCGCCACCCUUGAGUCGCUCCGUCUCAAUGUACGAUUUGCGCAGCUACUCCAACACUGGCGAGCAGAUGCAUUCGAGCUCGAUGGCGCCGUGGCCUGUUGCCAGCUUACAGCCUCACGAGUCUACGUUCAAGCGCGAAGAGACAGACUACAUGUUUGCUCUGCGCACUGCUGCGCCUGCCAAGAAUACCAGACGUCAGUACGAUCUCAUGCGAAACGGCAUGGGCAGUAGUAGCAUGGGCAUGACUGCACACCCCAUGUACACCAAUGGCUCGCCCUUUGAUCGCUACCCGACCGAGCCUCAUUAUGCGGAUGCCGAGGAGGAUCAGAUCAGCAUAUCUCGAUCGUCUCAGGGCACUUCUCGCUCGCGAUCGGUCUCGAAAAGCUUCACGAUGCCAGAUGCCGAUACGCUCAGAGGUAUGCCAACAAAGCGUUCGAGAGGCCGUCGCCCUCCACUCUCGCCUGAUCUGGGCAUCGCUGUCGGCAUCGAAGAUCCGAAUGCUUCACCGACGCUGCAACAGAUUCAGUAUGUCGGCUUGACAAAGACGGGUCGUCCUCGCAAGAUCUUCAUGUGCAAAGUACCAGACUGCAAUAAGUGCUUCAAGCGAAGUGAGCAUCUCAAGCGCCACAUUCGCUCAAUCCACACUUCUGAAAAGCCUUACGAAUGUGAAUGGCCCGGAUGCUCCAAAUCCUUCAGUCGGCAGGAUAACCGCGCGCAGCACAUGCGCGUCCAUCGCAACGAACCGCGCAAUCGCUACAAGUCGUCCAGCAGGCGCAAUUCAGAGGACAUCUCACUUUCGAGCAGCGAGCUCUCUGAAGUCGACUAAUUUGAGCGCGCUACUCGCCUCCUUACGAACGAACGGAAAUCGGCGUCCACGACUAGAAACGAUCUCUAUCCUACGACUUGAUGAUGAAGCAAUGAUGAUGCAACGUACAUACGAUGGAAUCAAGAAACGAC